AUGACCAGUUUCAAACCAGGCGACCAAGUAGAAGUAUGCUGCAAAGAAGAAGGCUUCAGAAACUCAUUCUACCCAGCAACCAUAAUAUCUGAGAUCAACACCAACGAGUACAUAGUGCAAUACAACACUUUAUUGACGGCUGAUGAAUCACACCCACACAGAGAAUUUCUUUCGGCUACCGAUCUUCGGCCUGUCCCGCCCGAGAUUGCGGCCACAGAAUUUUAUCACAAGGAUGAAGUUGAUGUUUACGCGAAUGAGGGAUGGUGGAAGGGAAAAGUUACGAGGAAGUUGCAUGGGAAAGGGAGAGCAAAGAGGUAUUACGUUAGAUUCGAGGGUAAUGGUGAGGUUGAGGUGGGUAAGUAUUGGUAUAAUGAUAUGAGGGCUCAUCAAGAUUGGGUUCAUGGCAAAUGGUAUUGUUCCAAGAAGAUUUACAAAUGA